GCGGCGGCCGAGGAGGAGGAGGAGGAGGCGGCGGCUGAGGCGGCGGCGGCGGCGGAACGUCCCGAGGAUGACGUGCGGCGUCCUCGAAUCCCGUGGCUGCCUGCUCGCGCGCGGCUGCUGCUCCGGCUUCGGCUGCUGCUGCCGCCGCAGGAAACGGGCAAGGCGGCGCGAGCGGGAGCCGCGCGGCGGCGGCGGCGGCGGCAGCGGGGAGGAGGAGACUGAGGAGGAGGAGGAGGAAGCAGCGGCAGCAGCUGCUGAGGAAGAGGAGGAGGAGCGGCGGCGGCGCUGCUGCUGCUGCCGCUGCCAUGGCGGCCCUGGAGCGGCCCGUGCCCAGUCCCGAGGCGUUCCUGGGCCAGCCCUGGGCCGCCUGGGUGCGGGAGGCCGCCCCCCCGCACAGUAUUGACCUAGAAGACCCUGGGAAAGAGGGCAGCAGUGGCGGCCGAGAGGUGAUGAGGCUUAAUAAAGAAGAUAUGCACUUAUUUGGCCAUUAUCCAGCUCAUGAUGAUUUCUAUCUAAUAGUGUGCAAUACCUGCAAUCAGGUUAUCAAGCCACAGGUUUUCCAGUCCCACUGCGAACGAAGACACGGUUCAAUGUGUAAAUCUUCCUCAUCUCCAGCAUCUCCACCCUGCAAUUCCAGGGCAUGCCUAAUACAGAUGAAACCGAAAUCCUGCAUCGGUGGCCAUAACUCAGUAAACAGCAACUCAAAGCCAUUCAAAACGCCCAAAGACAAUCUAAUUACCUCCAGUAGCAAGCAGCAUAUGCUCUUUUCUUCAAAAAUCUCAAGAGAUAAACCGUGUGUUCCUGUUCCGGUGGUCAGUCUAGAGAAAAUUCCUCAUCUAGUGAAGGCAGAUGGUGCCAACGUUAAAAUGAACUCUACGGCCACUACUGCCAUCACCACCACCUCCUCCGCCUCUUCCUCCACCACACCUGCUCCAAUUAAGUCUGCUUUGACAUCCAAAUCGGUGGCGCCAUCACCCGAAAAGAUUUUGAACGGCAAAGGAGUUACGGUCGCAUCCCUAGACAAGAAGCACCAAAAUGGCACUAAAAACAGUAGCAAGUCUUACAAGAGAGUCUCGGAAAGAGAGUUUGACCCAAAUAAGCACUGUGGAGUCUUGGAUCCUGAAACAAAGAAACCGUGCACGAGGUCACUCACCUGCAAGUCAGGACCCGAUGCUCUCACAGGAACCUCCGUGAACUCUGGGCAAGAACGACUAUCACCUGCCAAAUCUAGACAGUCUAACUCAGUAUUUCCCAGAUCCUCCCCUUCAAAUAGCAUAAACAGCGGCACCUCUUCAAACCACACGAGCGGGAACGUAGCAGAAUUGCCCCUUCCGGCGAUGGGAGGAGAAUUGCUCUGCAGAUUAUCCAGCGACGAAGGAGAGCUAGAAGGAUCCGAAGAAGCAGAAAAAUUAGACUGCUCCUAUUCGGAGCACCAUCCUCAGCCACUUGGGUUCUGUUCCUUUGGAAGUCACUUGAUGGGAAGAGGAUACUACGUAUUUGACAGGAGAUGGGAUCAUUUUCGGCUAGCGCUAAAUUCUAUGGUAGAAAAACACUUAAACUCACAAAUGUGGAAGAAAAUCCCUCCCGCCGUGGAUAGUCCCAUGCCGUCCCCAGCAGCACACCUCAGCAGCCCCUUCCCGGCCUCCGUUCUUCAACCUUUCAGUAAUCCCACCUCGGCGUACAUUCCCUCUGCGCCCGUCAGCUCCAGAAUCCCUCCUUCUUACGUCAUGACGUCCGCCAUGCUCUCCAGCGCCCCUUUCGGGACGAUGUCAGACACCAGUUCCGUCACGUCCCACGCCACCGCCUUCCCGCACGUGGCCGCAAGCUUGAGCAUCGUAGACUCCACCUUCAAGAUGCCGUCUGCCCUGUCGCCUCUGCCGGCCGUCAUCCCUUCCCCGUCUCACAAGCCGUCCAAAACGAAAACCAGCAAGUCCUCCAAAGUCAGAGACAUCUUGUGCCGCGGUGGCGACGAGUCUUCUAGUAACAGAAAGAAAAAGCUGCCAUCUUCUUCUUCCUCCUCCUCUUCCUCCUCCUCCUCAUUACCUUUCCAGACUUCUUCCUCGUCUUCGGUUUCAGGGGCGCACAGGAAGAACUGCGUCUUGAACCCCAGUCCCACCCUCAAUCAUUACCAGGCCGCUUCUUCCUACAACAGCCUCUCCGUGCACAGCGCAAACAACGGAACAAGUUCCUUCAGUGCCAAAUCCGAGCCCUCAGGACGGACUUCGCUCUCGAGUAGCGCGGCGGACUCGGUGAAACACAUGAGCAUCGUCGUGAGCAGUAUUGACCCUUCCGGUUUGUCGGUCCCUUCCCUGGUGCAUCCUUUGUCGGACCAUUCCUUCGCCCCGCACAACGCCGUCUCUUCGCUGCCCCUUUGUUUUGACAAAUCGGAAGGGAAAAAGCGCAAGAACUCGAGCGCCAGCAGCAAAGCCUGUAAAAUUACUAAAAUGCCUGGAAUGAAUAGUGUUCAUAAAAAGAACACGCCCAAUCUCAUUUCUCCUGUGCCAGAUACGCCAAACAACGCCAUCUCUCGGACGAUUGGAAAAAACAGUGGUAUAGCUCUGUCCCAGUCCAGUCCUUCAAGUACAUCAAAUCUAAUGCACAACAAACAAAAAACAUUAAAUCGGCCUGGUCGGAUAAGGACUCUUCCAUGAUAAGGAGAACAAACCAUCUCUAUAUUUUUGCAGCCCUUCUCCAAGCCAGCUUAUUGGCUUUCUUGUGUCCUGCUGAUUUUUUUUGUACUUUUGUAUUAAAAUCUUUCCUUUUUUUUUUCCUCCAUAAAAUUGUAGUCAUGGCUUACUUUCAUUUCUUACAUGUGUUGGCCUGUGAUCUGUGCAAUCGGGCUUGAUUUUAAUUAAUGCCUUUAGAAGGAAAUUGUUGCGUUUUCUCUAUCUCUUUCUCUCUCUCUCUUUUUUUUUUUUUUAGUUUCUCGCCACAACGGGAGCAGUGGACAUUUCGAAAUAAUACCACGUGUGAUAAAAAGGCUAGAUUGAGCAAAGCUAUUAUUUCAAAUUUGCAGUAACUUCUGUAUUAAUUAUUGUCCUCAGGAUGAAUAGACAGUGUCCAUCAAUUUUGCUGACUUAUGCAUCCAGUGUCAGUGUUCUAGAUCCUUUCAACACACUGAAGGGUUAAUGCAGCUGGCUAUUAUUGCCAAUAUUAAUAGGAAUAUUGUGUGACCAUUUCCUCAUACCUAGGUGAAGGGGCCAAGAAAAGGAUUGCCGUCCUUCGCAAAAACAGAAAUCAGACAUACUGAAUUUGCAUCAGUUAAAUUGCACUGACAAUGUUUUUACAGGAAUUACUGAUUUUUUUAAAACAAAAGUAGAUCUUUUGUAAUCAGGAAACCAAUUCUACUAAGGUACUACAAAAUUACUACGAAGGAAUUAACUUUUAUUUCUACAGAAUUAAAAGUGCACUUAUACGCAGGUUUAUUGACAUCUUGGGGAGAAAUGAAAAUGAAUGCAAAUAGUUUAUUAGCUUCUUCCCUUUUCACGUAAAGGCUUAGGGCAGAUUUUAAAACAUAGAAAAUGUUUAACAACGGUAAACAAGGCUAGGCCUCUUGGGAGAAAUUAGACAAUAUUCUCAAAAAUAAUUUUUAUAAUGUUAUUGUAAUUUAUGUUUUCUUAUACUUGGAAAGUGACAAGAGAAGUUUCAUGAGCGAUGUGAAACUUAAGAAAAUAUGGUUGUAUUUUUCAUGUAUUUUGAGUUGCGUUUUACUGUACAUUCUUCAGAUUGAAAAACAAAAUGUACAUAUCUUUAUUUUUGCACAAUUUUUUUGUCUUUGGUUGUAGGAACAGAGCCUUGUUUUUUUAAAAACUAAUUUAUUUUGUGUUGUAUAGCUGCAGGAGUUAUCAAAUUUCAGUAGCAGAACAACGCUCCAAUUAUUGAACUGCUGUUCUAUAUUUUUGAGGGGAAAAAAAAAGUACGACGAUUAUGAAUUUGGCUGCUGAAGGAACAAUUUAAUAAUGUCAAGACUUCCUUAGCUUAACAUGCAUCUAUUAUGUAGAAAGCUGGAUUUUUGGGGGUGCUUUGGCAUAACCCGUAUUUAACUUUUCAUUUCCUGUGACGUAGAUCUCACAGCGUUUUGGAAAGCUAAGUAUUAAAUACAGCCCUCCAUAUUUUGUCCCAUCACAUUUUUUUUAAAAAAGGUCAUUUAAUUUAUAUAUACUAAAAUGGUAUAUAUAGUGCGGUUUUAAAAAUGGAAGUGGACUAGACCAGCCUGUAUUGUAGUGUAGCAUUUGUUAAACAGUUGGGCUUCCCCCCCCCCUUUCCAACCAUUUUCCCUUCUAAACACCCAACUUUUCAGAAGAUGUGAUUUCCAGCAAUAGAGGCACAGAAGCUUUGGUCGUUAACACACAACGCAAUGCAUAGGCCCGUCAGCCAUAUUUAAAAAUAAAAAAUAAAAAAGCAACUCGGAUAACUUGGAUAUGCCUUCUUUUGUAUCGAUGUUAACAAUUGUAUAUAGUGCCGAUCAACCUUUGUAGAGAAUAGUUUAUACAGCAUAUUCUAUUAUUGCCGAUUCUCAGUGAACUCUUGUUUAAAAAAAGAAGAAGAAAAGGAUUUUUUCUAUCUACACCUUCUAUUUUGUUACGCUGUUUUACCCAUGGCACUUUAAACAAAACUUUGGGUUUUACAUAGCUGGUCGGUCAUGGGAAAUAAAAUAAAAUAAAUAAAUAAAUAAAUAAAAUUCUGUUGCACAGAAGUGAAAUUUGCACCUCCUCAAUUAUGCUUUCCUACUACAGAUUUUAGAAUCCUUUUCGGGAAGACUUUUGAAAAUAGCACGUCCAAUCAUUCUUAAAAAAAAAAAUUGCCAUAUGUGUAGAGUCCAUUUCUUUUCUACGGACCCAUAUUUUGUAACACUAUUUUCCUCCUCCUGCACCUUUUAUGAUGUAUUUAGCAGUAUCUGAGAAAUCCCAUUCCAUGCUUGUGAUAAUUGUAAGUGUCGAAAGUGGAUGUAAAUAGUAAAAUUUAUGACUUACAGUUUUGAGAAAAGGGAAAAUAAAGAACAAAAUGUGUAUCUUGACUGAUACUGCCAUGGUUUAAGCACCCAGGCCUGGAGAUAUUCUCCAGUGGGCGAUUGUAUUUCUUUUGUUACUUGUUGGUUUUGCUUUAUUAUUAUUAUUGUUAUUAUUAUUAUUAUUUGUAACAUGGCUUUGUAAAUAAAAUAAUUUAUAUGUUUCUAAGAAAAAAA